UAAUUCAAGAAAACAUAACUCUGUUCUUACUUCCGUUUAAUCUGCACGUGUGGAAGGAAAGUUGUAAACAGAGAUGUCUUUCUUUAUUAGACGGUCAAACGAAAAACGGGGAUCGAAGAGCAAACUCAAGAAGCCAGCAGGUCCAGCAGGGAAGAAAGAUGCAGGUGUAAGAUAUGCCAGGAAGAGGAAGGCUUGGGAUGAAGAGAUUAACAGUGAAUCCGAGGUUGACAGUGAUGAGGCAACAGAUACAAGAAAGGCUGAGUUAGCUUCAUCGGACGAAGAGGCAGAAACUGCCCAAGAGAAGAAACUGAGACUCACAAAACAGUAUCUGGCCCAGUUAGAGGCCGGUGAGGCAGAUCGUGAGGAGGAAGACGGAGCAACAAGGGAUGUCAUCUCACACAGGUUAAAACAGGAUCAGCUGGAACUAGCAGGCAAACUCCAGAGGGAAGUUGCAGAUUCGCUGGAAUCCCCCGACAUCACACAGCUGCGAGAACUGCGGGGCCACAAGCUGCCUGUGACGUGUGUAGUUAUCUCCCCUGACUCAAAGCACAUCUUCAGUGGAAGCAAAGAUUGUUCUCUAAUAAAAUGGUGUGUAGAGACAGGGAAGAAAGUGAAGGUGAUCGCAGGUGGGAAGAAGGGGACGGAGAAGACACAUGUCGGACACACGUCACACAUACUCUGUCUUGCAAUAUCCACAGAUGGCAAGUUUCUGGCAUCAGGAGACCGGAACAAUGUCAUUCACAUCUGGGACCCUCACAGUCUAGACUCCAUCAGCUCCCUGACGGGCCACAGGGACGCAGUGUCGGGUUUGGCAUUUCGUAAGGGUUCCCAUCAGUUGUUCAGCGCAUCACAUGAUCGAUCCGUGAAAGUCUGGAAUCUGGAUGAAAUGGCUUAUGUGGAAACCCUAUUUGGCCACCAGGACUGUCUGACUGGUGUGGACAGCCUGUCACGUGACCGGGCAGUGACAUCUGGUGGCAGGGAUCGGACGGUGCGGGUGUGGAAGAUCAUCGAGGAAUCACAACUCAUCUUCCACGGACACGUUGGCUGCGGCUCUAUAGACUGUGUGUCUCUCAUCAACGAGUCAACGUUCGUCACAGGGGCUGAUGACAACUCCGUGUCGCUGUGGAGUGUCAACAAGAAGAAGCCCCUCACUACCGUCAAGCAGGCCCACAAGGCAGGGGAAGGUCAAGGUCACCAGGAGAACUGGAUCAGCGCAGUUGUCUCCCUUCAAAACACUGACCUUGUUGUGUCCGCAGGGGCUCGUGAUGGAUCUGUCAGGUUCUGGAAGUGCGGAGCAGAGUUCAAGUCUCUCACCUGCAUAGCAUCACUACCUGUGAAGGGGUUUGUAAACAGCCUGCAGUUCUCGGGGGACGGGCGUGUCCUGGUGUUGGGGGUAGGGCAGGAGCACCGACUGGGGCGCUGGUGGAGGGACAAGACGGCCAGGAACUCACUCUUCAUCAUCCCCAUCAAGAAGAAGUCAUAGAGCUUCAUCACAAU